CCACAGAAAGGCAAGGCAGCCUCCAACUCAGACCUCCAAUGAGCUCGCAGCCCUCACACUCCUCAGCGCCGGCUCUCGCUUCAACCCUGGGACUCAGAGGAAGGAGAGGAAGAGGAGGAGAGAGGGAGGCAGUGAGAGGCAGAGAGGGAGAGUGAGGAAGAGGGAAGUCAGAGAGGGAGAGAGUGAGGAGGGAGAACACCAUGGCUUCAGAUCUGAGGCUGGUUGUGAUUCUGCUAUGGACUAUAUCUCUACAGGCUGUGGGCUCCACGGGGACUAACAGUAAUGAAGUGAACCUACUCGACACGACAACCAUCAGCGGAGACUGGGGCUGGCUGACGUACCCGUCACAUGGGUGGGAUGCCAUUAAUGAGAUGGACGAGUACUUCACUCCCAUCCACACAUACCAGGUCUGUAACGUGAUGAGCCCCAGUCAGAACAACUGGGUGAGGACGGGCUGGCUCCCCAGAGAAGGAGCCCGGAGGAUCUACAUCGAGGUCAAGUUCACCCUGAGAGACUGCAACAGCAUGCCGGGGGUCCUGGGCACCUGCAAGGAAACCUUCAACCUGUACUACUACGAGUCCGACAGGGCGGUGGGCUCAGCGGUGCGGGAGAACCAGUUUAUUAAGAUCGACACCAUCGCUGCUGACGAGAGUUUUACAGGCGUGGACCUGGGGGUCCGCAGACUCAAACUCAACACUGAGGUGCGAGGCGUUGGCCCUUUGUCCAAACGAGGUUUCUACUUGGCCUUCCAGGACAUCGGCGCCUGCAUCGCUCUCACCUCGGUGCGAGUUUACUACAAACGCUGCGCCGGAGUGAGCCGAAACCUGGCGGUGUUCACGGACGUAGUGACGGGGGCCGACUCCUCCUCUCUGGUGGAGGUCAGAGGUCAGUGUGUGGAUCACGCCGAGGAGAGGGACACUCCCAAGAUGUACUGCAGCGCCGAGGGAGAGUGGCUGGUUCCCAUCGGGAGGUGUGUGUGCUCCGCUGGGUUCGAGGAGCACCGAGACUCCUGCGUGGCCUGUGAGGUGGGUUUCUAUAAGCCGGUGGCGGGCGAUGGCCUUUGUGGAAAAUGUCCUCAACACAGCCACUCGGAGACCAGAGCCGCCCUGACCUGCCCCUGCGACUCCAACUACUAUCGAGCGGCGGACGACCCAGUAGCGGCUCCAUGCUCCCGCCCUCCAACUGCUCCGGUUAACGCCAUCUCCUCUGUCAAUGGAACGUCUGUGAAUUUGGAGUGGGAUCGCCCUCUGGACACAGGAGGACGCAGCGACCUGAAGUACAGCGUGUUGUGUCGGAAAUGUUCAGGGGAAGGAGGGACCUGUGAGGAUUGUGCGUCUUCCCCCGGAGGCGCCAGUGGAGGGAAGGGAGGCGGAGGGGCGGGCCUGGGGUUCGGAGGCAUGGUGGAGCGUUUGGGCUCCGCAGCGAUUCGAUUCGUUCCCCGGCAGAGCGGGUUGACGGAGCCCUGGGUGACGGUGCUCAACCUGGUGGCUCACACCAACUACUCCUUCCGUCUGCAGGCCAUGAACGCAGUGACGCACCUGAGCAACCAGCCUUCCCCUUACGCCACGGUCAACAUCACAACGAACCAGGCAGCCCCCUCUGAAGUGUUAGCGAUCCGCCAGGAGAACACCAGUCAGAACAGCGUGAUUCUGAUGUGGCACGAACCCAACCGGCCCAACGGAGUGAUCCUGGAGUACGACGUCAAGUACUAUGAGAAGGAUAAUGAAGCCCACAGCUACUCCACUCUGAAGUCUAUAAACACCAGCGCUCGAGUGUCAGGGCUGAAGCCGGGAACUAAGUACAUCUUCCAGGUGCGAGCCAGAACGUCAGCAGGCUGCGGACACUUCAGCCCAAAUGUGGAGAUCCAGACUGGGAAAGCAGCUCCUCUGCGCUACAAGACCAUGACCAUCGUCUGGAUCUGCAUGGCCUUGGUGUCCGCCCUGGUCACCAGCAUGGCCAUCAUCAUCUGCAGGAAACGGCAAGGCUACACUUUACCACACUACCCAUCGCUGCUACACUGUGGUUACAGCAAAGCCUUCCAGGACUCUGAUGAGGAGAAGAUGCAUUACCAGAACGGUCACGUGUCGUUCCCCGACGCGAGGUUUUAUAUCGACCCGCACACAUACGAGGACCCCUGCCAUGCGGUCCACGAGUUCGCCCGAGAAAUUGAAGCUUCCAGGAUCAAAAUAGAGAAAAUCAUUGGCUCAGGGGAAUUUGGCGAGGUGUGUUAUGGACGUAUGAGACUCCCGGGGAAAAGAGACAUCCCAGUGGCGCUGAAGACCCUGAAGGCGGGAUACACGGAGAAACAAAAGAGGGACUUCCUGGCAGAGGCGUCCAUCAUGGCUCAGUUUGACCAUCCUAACGUCAUCCGCUUGGAGGGGGUAGUAACCCAAAGCAAACCAGCGAUGAUCAUCACAGAGUACAUGGAGAACGGCUCUCUGGACUCCUUCCUCAGGAGACACGACGGGCAGUUCACCAUCAUCCAGCUGGUGGGGUUGCUGCGUGGCAUCGCGGCCGGUAUGACCUACCUGUCUGACCUGGGCUACAUCCACAGAGACCUGGCUGCACGCAACAUCCUGGUCAACAGCAACCUGGUGUGUAAGGUGUCUGACUUCGGCCUGUCCAGAGUGCUGGAGGACGACCCCGACGCUGCAUACACCACCAGUGUGAGUUUUCACAUUGAGGGCGGGAAAAUCCCGAUCCGCUGGACGGCGCCGGAGGCCAUCGCCUUCAGGAAGUUCUCCUCCUCCAGCGACGUGUGGAGCUAUGGCGUGGUGAUGUGGGAGGUGAUGUCCUACGGAGAGCGACCGUACUGGAACCUCACCAACAGAGACGUGAUCAAAUCUGUGGAGGAGGGCUACAGGCUGCCCGCUCCGAUGGGCUGCCCGGGUCCUAUGCACACGCUCAUGCUGGACUGCUGGCAGAAGGAACGUAGCGAGAGGCCGCGUUUCUGCCAGAUAGUCACCGUUCUCGACAAGCUAAUCCGAAACCCAGAGAACCUGAAGACUAUGGACACGCUCUGCAGGUUAAGCAGUCCUACGCUGAUGGAGAGAGCCAUCCCAGACUUCAGUAGCUGUAACUCAGUGAACGAGUGGCUGGACACCAUAAAGAUGAGCCGCUACAAGGACCACUUUGCAGCAGGGGGGUACCAAACUCUGGGACACGUCAUAAGCAUUAACCAAGGGGACAUCCAGAGGCUCGGGGUGACGCUGAUGGGUCACCAGAAGAAGAUCAUGACAAGCGUGCAGGUGAUGAGGGCACAGGUCCUCAACAAGAGCGUGCCAUCUGUGCACGUAUAACUCCAACACUGAGGUUUCUCUGCUGAAAUCUAGAAACCCAGACUCCUACAAGGACUAGAGGGACUCCGUGGAAUUUUCAGAUGAGCUGUUAAUGAGAGAAGAGGAUACGUGGGAACUUUACAAGACUUUUUCCUUGAGGGGUUGAAGAGCGAAAACAUUUAAACUAUGGAGCAAGUAAACAUGACUUAUUUGGGACAAGUCCGACUUCAUUUUCUUUUUCCUGUCCAGAUUGCAUUUUCUGAUUUUAAAAUGUCUUGUUUAUAAAUGGAAAGACUGCCUUAAUAACCACACAUUAUUUUAAUGUUAUUGUCAACAAAGAGAAGAUAAUUUAUCAAUCAUGAAUUUUAUUAGAGAGAUAUGAUUUACUGAACCGGGCAACAGCAAAAGUACAUGGAGUAAUGUCGUAGAGGUGGAGAUGGCGGGUGUUUUCUGACUCGCUGAUCACCUGCAGUCUUGAGUCAGUAAAAGUGGAGAAAGUGAGAUUGUGCUCACCCGAGUUGUCGAUCUGCUUCACAGCGGAGAAGACCUAUUUCACCCCAGGCUAUUAAUACCAACAACAGGCACAUUUCUCCACCGUCUAACCUUGAUGAAUGACCCCAGGAGAGCUCUCCACCCAGGGUGAAGCUGCGUGGCGCACAAUUACUGUACUUGGAAGAUGUGUAUUAUUCAGUUUCAGUGCACUUUAUUCUACAAUGUCUCUGUGUUGAAGAGCCUUCGCAGUUGUGUCAAAAAAUCUCAGCCACAACUGCAGCAAUGAUGUCGGUCUGUAGAAGAAAUAGCAGUUUGAAAAUAUUACAUAAAUUAUGAUUAACUACAAAGUAUGAAAACAGAGAGGAAAUAUAGAUAUUUAACAUUUAUUAGGGUAGUAAGUAGAUCGCUCAUGAGAUUUAUUUCCAAACUUUUGUCACUGUGACAGUUGUCGGAAGAGAACAUUUAUUUAAUUUACAUACAAAAUACUAUUGCCAAUUUCAAAUACUAUGAUAAAUACUGCAUCUGACGCAUUUUCAAUAUAUUGGAGAUAAAUAUUUUAUUUAAAAUGUAAUCCAAAUAGAGAGGUGUAUUGAUGACGUUUUAGGACAACCCCAAAGUUAGCAUCACAAGUGUUCUCUCAACAAGAAGCAAUGAGAUUUUCCUAAUGGAUUUCGGUGUGUUGCGGCUAAUCAUGCUAAACUAAAGACAGAUAUGUGUACCUUGGUAGUUUGAUAAAUUAAUCUCAACUAAAGAUUCACUUACUUAGAGUAAACUGUAGGACUUCUUUCCAUAAUGUUACCAAAGAUCUAUGAAAACGAAGUUUGUUUGUAAAAAAUAGGAGAAAAUCCCAAACAAGUGAACCUUCAGUUUAGAUUAUUUGGUCAAACUAUUUUAGUCAGUCUUGGUGAAAUGCAUCUGAAACGGAGAACAAGAAAUUACUUUCAAAUAUAGUAUAACAUAUAUUAAAAUGUUUACUUCUCAAGA